AUGAAAGACAUCGAGGCGAAUGCUGGAAGCGAGCUUGUUUUUAUUGUUUUUCUCUCCCUUCUUUCAUUAUUCUUUUCUUAUGCCCAUCUUUUUAUUCUCGCUUUCGUUAUUCUUUAUUUUCGUUUUCAUUUUUUAUUCAUCUUUCCUCUCUUUUUAAUUCUUUCUUGUUUGCUUUCCGUAUUUCUUAUUUCAUUAUAUUUCUCUGUUUUUGUUCUUGUUGUCUUUUUAUUCUUUCCCUCCGCGUCAAAUGUUGUUUUUUCUCCUUUGCCUUCUCAGUUAAUUUUCCCUCAACCUAUUACCCAUUUUUUCUUUUUAAUUCUCUAUUCUUUAUUCCUGCUUAUACCACGUUCAUCUCUAUUUUAUCUUUCUAUUACCGUAAUCGCCUUCUUUUUUUUUUCUUCUUCUUCAUUUUCUCUUUAUCAUUCUCUCUCAUUUCUAAACUCCUAUUUCCUAUUGUCUCUAAUUCUUCAUCAUUUUCCCUUUCCUUUUCUCUCUCAAUUUCUUUUUUCUCUUAUAUUCUCCUACUUUUGUUGCUCUUUUCUUUUUUUCUUUUUUUCUCUAGUCUACUUCAUACCCCUCUUUUCUUUCUUUCCGUCUCUUUCGCAUUGUCUCAUUUUUUCCUGUUCUCUUUUCUUUGUUUUGGAUCUUCCACUCUCUUAUACUUUAUUUACUUUCUUCCACUACUUUCUCCUCUCUUUCUAUCUUUUUCUCCUUUUAUUUCCUUCUUUUUAUUUGUUCCCUCGUAAUUCUUUCUGUCUUUCUACCUCUAUCCAUGAUACGCCCUUUAUUUUUCUUCUCUUUUCUUCCUUUUCUUUUACAGUAUAUCAUUUCUUCUUUUUAAUCUCUUAUUCUCUUUUCCUCACUUUAUUCUAA